AUGUUAGCAUAUGGCUGCGUAGCUGAUCAAGUUGACGAAUACCUCAAGCUCGGGGCAACAACGACUAGGCAUUGUAUCACGCACUUCGUUGACGGAGUGAUUCGUGAAUUCUCAGCAGAAUACUCGAGGAAACCAACCCCUGAAUAUAUGAAUCAUCUUCUAAGAGAAGGAGAGGAAAGAGGUUUUCCUGAGUUGGUAUGUUGGGAAGUAUCGACUGCAUGCAUGCAUUGGGAGUGGAAAAAUUGUCCAACGGGGUGGAAAGGGAUGUAUCAAGGGCUGUCGAAAACGACGAUGGUUAUCUUAGAAGUUGUUGCAUCUUGUGAUUUGUGGAUAUGUCAUGCCUUUUUUGGAACACCUGGAUCCUGCAACGAUAUAAAUGUCCUUCAACGUUCACCCGUUUUUGACGACAUUUUAAAUGGUCGUGCUCCACAAAUUCAGUUCACCGUGAAAGAAAAUACUUAUAAUCAGGGGUAUUAUCUCACUAAUGGGAUCUACCCGAAAUGGGCAACAUUUAUAGAUGCAAUAACUGCACCGCAAACCCCUAAACAACGAUUGUUUACCAAACAAGAGAGUAUUGGAAAAGAUGUAGAACGUACAUUUGGAGUGUUGCAAGCUCGAUUUGCCAUUAUAAGACAUCUUGCUUUGGCAUGGAGUGUCGAUAUGUCGUGGAAAAUUGUUAUGGCGCGUAUUAUCAUGCACAAUAUGAUCGUGAAAGAUGAGCGCGAAAGUUAUCUUAACUAUUGA